CACCGGGGCCAGCGGGCAGGAAGUGGUGCACAAUGCCGUUCUUUGAGGGGAGACUCGGCUGGUCUUAGGUCCUGUGUGACUCCAGGGAAAUCUGGAGAACAGCCUGUUCCCAGAGGAUGUUCUCUAGCCCAGAGCCCCCUCCAGAGACUGUCAGCAUCAAUAAGGCCAUUAACACGCAGGAAGUGGCUGUGAAGGAAAAACAUGCCAGAACAUGCAUCCUGGGCACCCACCACGAGAAAGGCGCUCAGACCUUCUGGUCUGUGGUCAACCGGCUGCCUCUCUCCAGCAACGCCAUGCUCUGCUGGAAGUUCUGCCAUGUGUUCCACAAGGUCCUCCGUGAUGGACACCCAAACGUCCUGAAGGACUCUCUGAGAUACAAAAGUGAAUUGAGUGACAUGAGCAGGAUGUGGGGCCACCUGAGCGAGGGCUAUGGACAGCUCUGCAGCAUCUACCUCAAACUGCUGAGAACCAAGAUGGAGUUCCAUACCAAGAACCCUAGGUUCCCGUGCAACCUUCAGAUGAGCGACCGACAGCUGGACGAGGCUGGAGAAAGUGACGUCAACAACUUUUUCCAGCUAACAGUGGAGAUGUUUGACUACCUGGAGUGUGAACUGAACCUCUUCCAGACUGUGUUCAACUCCCUGGACAUGUCCCGCUCGGUGUCAGUGACCACUGCAGGGCAGUGCCGCCUCGCCCCGCUGAUCCAGGUCAUCCUGGACUGCAGCCACCUCUAUGACUACACCGUCAAGCUCCUCUUCAAACUCCACUCUUGUCUCCCAGCUGACACCCUGCAGGGCCACCGAGACCGCUUCAUGGAGCAGUUCACAAAGUUGAAAGAUCUCUUCCACCGCUCCAGCAACCUCCAGUACUUCAAGCGGCUCAUUCAGAUCCCCCAGCUGCCAGAGAACCCACCCAACUUCCUGCGAGCCUCGGCCCUGUCGGAACACAUCAGCCCUGUGGUGGUCAUCCCCGCAGAGGGCUCGUCCCCUGACAGUGAACCCAUCUUAGAAAAGGAUGACCUCAUGGACAUGGAUGCCUCCCAGCAGAAUUUAUUUGACAACAAGUUUGACGACAUCUUUGGCAGCUCCUUCAGCAGCGAUCCCUUCAAUUUCAACAGCCAGAAUGGCAUGAGCAAGGAUGAGAAGGACCACCUGAUCGAGGCCCUGUAUAGGGAGAUCGGCGGGCUGAAAGCACAGAUGGAAAACGUGAAGGUAGAGAGCCAGCGGGCCAUGCUGCAGCUGAAGGGCCGCGUCAGCGAGCUGGAGGCUGAGCUGGCCGAGCAGCAGCACUUGGGGCGACAGGCGGCUGACAACUGCGAGUUCCUGCGGACGGAGCUGGACGAACUCAGGAAGCAGCGGGAGGACACGGAGAAGGCCCAGCGGAGCCUGACGGAAAUCGAGAGGAAGGCCCAGGCCAAUGAGCAGCGGUAUAGCAAGUUGAAGGAGAAGUACAGCGAGCUGGUUCAGAACCAUGCCGACCUGCUGCGGAAGAAUGCAGAGGUGACCAAACAGGUGUCUGUGGCCAGACAAGCCCAGGUGGAUUUGGAACGAGAGAAAAAAGAGCUAGAAGAUUCCAUGGAGCGUGUGAGCAGCCAGGCCAAGCUGAAGACUCAAGAGCAGCAGGGCAUUCUAGAGAGUUUGAAGCAAGAACUUACCACCAGCAGACAGGAGCUGCAGCUCCUCCACAGCAGCCUGGACACCUCUGCCGAGUCAGAAGCAAAAUGGACAAUGAAGGUCGCUGAACUAGAGGAGGAGCGGGGCAGCUUGGCCAGCACCGUGGCUCUUCAGGAAGAGGAAUUAGUAACCCUUCGAGAACAACUGGAAGGCACACAGCUCAAACUGGCCAGUACACAGGAAUCUAUGGGCCAGCUUGCUAAGGACCAGCAGAAGAGGCUUCUGGUGGGGUCUAGGAAGGCUGCGGAUCUGGUGAUCCAGGAGGCUCUGAGCCAGAUGGAGGAGCCCACGCUCAUCAGCUGCGCUGGAUCCGCAGAUCACCUUCUUGCCAAGGUCAAGUCCAUGUUCAGCUGCAUUGAGCAACUGGAAAAGAGCCGGGGCCAGUAUCUGGCCUGCCCAGAAGAUAUUGGUGGGCUUCUGCACUCAGUGACCCUGCUGGCCCACUUGACCAGUGAGACCCUGGCCCACGGCAGCACCACCAGCCUCAGGGCCCCGCCCGAGCCCGCUGACUCUCUCACUGAGGCCUGUAAGCAGUACGGCAGGGAGGCUCUUGCCUAUCUGGCCUCCCUGGAGGAAGAGGAAGCCCUGGAGAAAGCAGACAGCACCAGCAUGAGGACCUGCCUCUUAAAGAUCAAGGCCAUCGGCGAGGAGCUGUUGCCCAUGGGCCUGGACAUCAAACAGGAGGAGCUGGGGGACCUCGUGGACAAGGAGAUGGCUGCCACUUCGGCUGCCAUUGAAGCUGCCACAGCUCGGAUAGAGGAAAUGCUCAGCAAAUCUCGAGCAGGGGACACAGGUGUGAAGUUAGAGGUGAAUGAAAGGAUCCUCGGUUCCUGCACCAGCCUGAUGCAGACCAUCCAGGUCCUGAUUGUGGCCUCGAAGGACCUACAGAGGGAGAUCGUGGAGAGCGGCAGGGGGACUGCAUCCCCUAAAGAAUUUUAUGCCAAGAACUCUCGGUGGACAGAGGGACUCAUCUCAGCCUCCAAAGCCGUAGGCUGGGGAGCCACCAUCAUGGUGGAUGCUGCUGACCUGGUGGUACAAGGCAGAGGGAAGUUUGAGGAGCUGAUGGUGUGUUCACAUGAAAUUGCUGCUAGCACAGCCCAGCUGGUGGCGGCAUCGAAGGUGAAAGCUGACAAGGACAGUCCCAACCUCGCCCAGCUUCAGCAGGCCUCUCGGGGAGUGAACCAGGCCACCGCGGGGGUCGUGGCCUCCACCAUUUCGGGCAAAUCACAGAUAGAGGAGACAGACAAUAUGGAUUUCUCAAGCAUGACACUGACCCAGAUCAAACGCCAGGAGAUGGAUUCCCAGGUCCGGGUGCUCGAGCUGGAAAACGACCUCCAGAAGGAGCGGCAGCGGCUGGGAGAGCUCCGCAAGAAGCACUAUGAGCUGGCCGGUGUGGCCGAGGGCUGGGAGGAAGUCUUUUCCGUUUCAUCCUUUGCACAAACUUGCGAGCAUCCAAGGGCCGGUGGAUUCCAAACCAGGGCGCUGCCCGCGUCAGUGGCUGGGAUGGCGGGAGUAUCCUGGCCAAGAAGGCCACCGUGGCGCCCCCCCCUUUGGCAGUCCCGCGGAUUCCCACUGCUUCUCAUGGUGGCCGUUUGGGUCUUUUGGUUUUAUAUUUUGAAAGUUUCAGUCACUCAGCCAACUCUUCCAAAGGACACCCCUGGAGCCCCGAGCCACCGGGCCCCCGCCCCAGCAGCCUCAGACCUGGUGCCACGCAGACUUUGCCUUGGUGCUCCAGCUCGGCCUCCUUGCUGAGUGUCCCGCUGAGCGAAUGCCGGUCAGCAGAGGCCACUCACCAGGGGUGGGCCACAGCUCUCCUCAGGAGGCGGAAGCAGAGCGAGUGCCUUUCCUCCCUAAGGCUGGAGGCCAGCCGAGCACCUCUGUCCACCUUCGCAGGCAACAGGGCUCCAAGAUGCCCUUCCUGGGAGCUCCCUGAAGGGGCUCACGCACCUGAUCACAUGCUUGAACGGAACUGGUGUGCUAGCAACACUACUUCCCUAGAGAGGAUGGUCUGUGCCGUGCCAUGGCAAGAAGGCCACCUCCGGGAGACCAGGCAGGGCCCCGGGGCAGUGCAGGAGAGUUUCCAGUUCCUUCCUCCAGCGUCCUGCCUGGGCAUCCUAUCGAACCUGAAGAAGAGAGUUCCAUGUGCUACCUGAUCGACAUCUGGAAGAUCAGACACCCACUUGCUCCCAUCAGGAAAGGACCUUUCGUAUUUAUUACUAACCUCCUUUAAGCAGCAGCGGUCCACAAAGAGAUGCUUGGAGCAAUCGCAGUCACCAGUGUGGCUGAGGCGAGGCUUAUCUGCUGCCCUCGACACCUGUCUCUCUUCAGAGAUCAUCCACAGGGCAAGGGACCAUCCCUGGGCUGUUCCUGGCUUGGAUCCCAAAGCAAGCAGGUUCCUCAGAGCAUUCGGAGCAGGGAAGGGGAGAAAGGGGACCACUGGCUCUGGCUUCUUCCAGCUACACGUUCCCAGCCCUUGCUGCCCUGCGACAGGACCUGGACAGAGGGCACAGCCGCCUAGAGAUGGGCAGCCUCACAGCACUUUUCCACUCCCGAUGAACCCAGCAUUAAGUGACCUUCUGAUCUUGGAAACAACGGCGUCUUCCUUGCUUAUCUGUAGCAGCUCAUAGGUGGUCGCCAGCAGGCGCUUCCUUGGACCUGCCCCCAGGGGUGUCGGGAAGUCGGCCACAUGACGGGUUGUGAGACUUCUGUUUGAUCACUGUGAAUCAACCCCCUUUUCCUUCCCACCCACCCCCAUGCCCUCUCCUUGCAUUUUCUAAAUGGGACACUCUAAAAAUUGUCCCCCAGGAACUCUGAUGACCGUUCUCAGGCGUGUGGCCUCUGUGCUAGGCUAAGGAGGUGUCUGUGGCAGCAUCUGGGCUGUCCUGGGUUCAGUGCCUCUCUGUGCGAAGUGUUUCUCCAUUCCAAGACUCAGAAGGCGCCAUGUGCAGUGCCCUGGCCCACUUGUGCCAGUCAAGCUGAUUGGUGUGUUCCCAGUGUGGGAUAGCCUUUCCAGAGGUGGUGGACCAAGUCCUCGCUUCUGUGGUCCACAUCAUGCACACCCACAUGUCCCAAAUUAAUCUGUUCCAAUAUACAUAUCGGAACAGAUUAGUAUUUCCUAAAAUAACACUUGCUCUAAAAACAGUCAUUUUAAAAACCCUCCUGAGCUCAGUCAGCCCAAGUAAUAAAACAGUCAAGAUGGCACUCACCCCAGAGCACAGGCUGACCCAGUGUCACCACCUAUCAGAUGUCACUUAAUCCCUUUUAUAAUAGCUCAGAUGAGAAAUUGUGCCAUCCUCAAGCCCAAAUCAAAUUGUCUGUCUGGCUCUUCUAACAAUGAGUGGGUGGGAAUACCUUGGAUGAAAACAAAAAUUCCAUCUCAAAGCUGGAAAUGAACCUCACAAGCCUCUUCAAUGAGUUCCUGACCUUCUUAGUAGCUGAAGAAUCAUGGUGAAUGCAGAUGGUCCCCACACGCAGGCAGCCGCACAGUGAUGGCUUAGGAUUGGACAGCAGUUAACACGCACACCUGCACCUGGUAUCUAAUUUUGUAAUUCAGUCCUCUAAUACCUUUAGAGUUAGCAUAUUCAUGUACAUAAUCAGCAGAAAGAUAGAAAAGACCUGCUUUCGUGGGAUUAUUUGAUAUCCGAGCACAAAGUAAUAAUUUAGAUGACAUGCUGAUUCUUCUGCCCACAGCAGUAUCUCUAGGAUCCCACCUUGAAUACAAGUCCCAGGGGCUGGAAGAACCAAACGGUCCAGAGCGUCCUCUCUUAGAGUUGUUUCCGCUACCAAAUCAGACACCAAGGUUUAUAACGGGCUCAUAAGUACAUGUCAUUUUGGUCAGGCUGGUUUGCUUUGGCCUCUGGCCCCUGAGGAAGGGGGGUUCUCAGCUGGAGCCUGGGAAGUUCUCACUUCCUGGUUGGCUCCUUAGCAUAGAGGGGUCUCCUGGCUCCAUUUCAUCCUGGUUUUUAACAGCUGGUAAGUGUUCUUGCUAACUACCGCCUUUCCACAUCUCUGGAAAUCCUGCCAAGGAAAGCCUUCCCAACAUGGGCCUUCCAACCAGAGUGGCUUUGCCUUCUCUCCGCCAUCUUGGUCCUGCAGAGACCGGACUUCUAUAGCAUAAGGAUCCACCUAUGGAGCCUGCCGGCCAGCAGUGCAACAAACCAAAGCAGCCAUCAGCUGCUCUUUCCUUCAUCUCCCAGGACCAGUGACACACAAUGGUGGCACUGCCUCUCUUGUGCCCCCAGGAGCCAAAGCAAUGGGAAAUAAUAGGUUAGAUGCCAUUGGAUCCAAUUCUGAGAGUAGAUCUUUCCAGACAUGUCUUUCAGAUGACCCUCAACUACCUCAGGUUUGAAAGCCCUAAAGCUGAUUACCACUCACAGGGACAAACCGAGGGGGUUUGGUUAAAUCUUGGUGAUAACACAACUGUCUCAAACUUAUAACAAACUUAACCUUUAGGUUUGCAGGGAUGGGGUUGGGUCUGGUUUUCUUCUGUUUUUAACCUCUUCCCCAGUUCUCCAUUAGAGUAGUCCCUAUAAAUAAAUUUCAUUUUUCACUGAGUGCCUACCUUCCCAGGGCAGGUAGCCACUGGCUUUUGUUUCCUUCCAACAAUACUUUUAUUAUGGUAUUAAGAACUGUCUUUGUAUAAUACAUUGCAUCUGUGUUUUCAAUUUUUCAAAUAAAUAUUUCAGCCUGGCAA